AUGAAAUUUCUGUUAUAUUACAUGUGCAAUACCGGGAUCUGCAGUGUUACAUUGUAUCUAUCAUACUAUAUCAAAAUGGCCACAGUGGUACAGAACCCCCUGAAAUCGCAAUCUGGAGGAGCAGUCAUUAAGAACAGUCUGGGCGAGGAGUUCUACAGAGAGGCCAUCGAGCACUGCCGCAGCUACAAUGCCCGCCUGUGUGCCGAGCGCUCCAUGCGCCUGCCCUUCCUGGACUCCCAGACCGGCGUGGCACAGAGCAACUGCUACAUCUGGAUGGAGAAGAACCACCGUGGUCCAGGUUUGGCCCCAGGACAGUUAUAUACGUACCCUGCCCGCUGCUGGCGCAAGAAGAGACGGCUAAACAUUCUGGAGGACCCGCGACUCGGACCAAUCGAAUUUAAGAUUGACUAUGAGGCAUCUCUGAAGAAGGAGGGGGGCUUGCCGGAGGGGCCAGUGUUGGAAUCACUGCUCAGUGGAGAGACUCUGGACAAGAAGGUGGAGACCAAGGAAGAGGAACCUAUGAGCGAGUGCCAGAAGCUGCUGGUCGGUGAUUUCCCCCAUGAACUGGAAGCGGAGGAGAUGGAAGAGGACGUCCCCAAACGCAAGAACCGCAAGAACCGCGAAGGACGGGCCUGUGGUGUAGGGGGUAUGAGGAAGAGACAAGAACCCAGCACCAUUGAAGACAGGGACAAGCCGUACGUCUGUGACAUCUGUGGGAAGCGCUAUAAGAACCGCCCGGGCCUGAGCUACCACUACACCCACACACACCUAGCGGACGAGGAGGGAGAGGAGGACUCUGAGCGUCACACCCUGCCCUUCCAGCGCAAGAACAACCACAAGCCUAAGAAAGCUGCAGACGGGUCGGUCAUCCCUAACGGCUACUGUGACUUCUGCCUGGGCGGCUCAAAGAAGACCGGCUGUCCCGAGGACCUCAUCUCCUGUGCCGACUGUGGACGCUCAGGUCACCCGUCCUGCCUGCAGUUCACAGUCAACAUGACGGCAGCAGUGCGAACCUACCGCUGGCAGUGCAUCGAGUGCAAGUCCUGCAGCUUGUGUGGCACCUCCGAGAAUGACGAUCAGUUACUAUUCUGUGAUGAUUGUGACAGAGGCUACCAUAUGUACUGCCUGAGCCCCCCUAUGGCGGAGCCCCCAGAGGGGAGCUGGAGUUGCCAUCUGUGUCUGAGACAGCUAAAAGAGAAGGCCUCGGCCUACAUUACCCUGACCUAAUCUACCACGCUACACCGCAACCCCCACCCCACCCCCCACCACCACCAAACAUGGCAACUGGACCAACUUUACUCCUCUAUGAAAUGACAACAGACGUCUGUCCAUCUCUCCAGUCAUCAGGUCUCCCCGCCCCAGCUGUUUUAACGUCAAUGGAAGCACCUACUUCCCAGGGUGCACCAUGCUCCAUCCAGGUCUCCCCCAGUCUGCCCAGCCACCUGCCGCUGGAGUCCCCUCCACCUCCGGCACCUCCGGCCCAGGAGGAACCAGCUUCUAUCCCCAGCAGCAUCAUGGGGGAGGAUCUGAUCAUCAAUAGCCUAACUGGGCUGCCCCACCGGGCCCUCCUCCGAAGAGCCAUUUAUCAGCAACCCACAAGGGCACGCUCUCCCCUGUGAAGGGUCCUUAGAGGAGCCCUAACGAGCAUCAGCUGCCAUUGUGGCCAUAUUCUCCCAUACACUCGGCCGUGGCCCUGGCAGCAGAGUACACACAGAGAGGGAGAAGCAGGCCGUUGUGAUGACCAGACUCCUCGUUAGGUUCAAAGCAGCUGCAGCCCCGCCCCCUUCCUCCCACAUGGAGCCACCACUCAAGGCCUUUGACAGUGAAGUACUCUAGGAUUGAUACCAUCGCUCAGAGCUAUUGUGGCUUGAUGACAUUUACAGAGGAGAGGGAGUGGAGAGGUUGUCACUUUGCCAUCAGCCACUUAGAUCAAAUUGUGGGUCCAAAAAAAGAAUGAAUUAGAGCAAAGGUUUUCCCCAACUAUGAACUUCUUGUUACCUUAAUUUCCUUCGAAACAACAACUGAAAAAGCCAACAUGAGACUGCUAUGACUUUGGCGGAGCUUGGUGUAUUUUGUCUGUGUGCGUAGCAAGAAUGUAAGUAUGUUUUAAGUGUGGACAAUGGAGAUUUUAAUGUCUGGCCUUGUCAGAAAUACAGGGCCCAAAUGUUUUUUGUUGUUGUUUUUUUUUGUACUUUAUUUGCAUGGUGUUAACAUUAUAGUUUUUAAAGAUAUUUUAAGGAUAAAAUGUAUUUAAGAAAGCACACUUAAUUCGCAAUAAUGUGUUUGUGACCCAUUUGGGUAAAGUUGUGUGUGUGUCCAUCUGUAUAUGUGCGUGUGUAUGUGUGUGUGAGUGAGGGUAAAUGUGCCCUCCUAAAACUGCGUGGAAGUGAGAGCCAACCGUAGCCAACCAGGUGCUAGGCAGGACCUAUGGCAGGGUCGGGGAGCAGGAAUGGGAGUGGCUUCUGAUGAUUCUGAUUCCUAGAAACACCACCAUGACUUACUGUAUUACGUUUUCUGUUGGACCAAACGAAUUCAAGCCAGCUUGCGCCGUUUCUCUCUUCCGAGCCCUUUUCUUUCUCGAAGGAUAACUCAUUUUUGUGAAAAGUCAUCAAAACUAGUAGAAUGAGCUCUUUACUAUCUGCAAGACUGCUUUGCGUGCUAGGACCUUGUAAUAUAAUGUGCUUUCAGAGUAAGCUAAAAGCAGAGGACUUCUACUAACUGGGACGCCAGCAUGUGUGUUUGUGAGCUUGCACUGAGACAAGUCUUUUUUCAACCCAAAGUCCCCUCUCCCAGUGGCCUAUCUGACUGGACUAUUGUAUGACGCUGCAACUUUGAUUGGUCCAAUGAUCCCUCCUCCUCUUCUCUUUAAGUUGGGAGACAUUUUGCUGUAAAUAGAUUGUCACUCUCUCCGUCUAUCAAAAAUACUAAUUGCAAUUUCAUAAUUCACCAUCUCUCAGUGCAUAUCGACUUAUGAACUCAAAAAUACAAUUUCUGUCUAUUUUAAUGCACUUAAAAGUGGUUGUCAUAUUUGCCUCCAUAUUUGGAAUGUCUCUACUCUUCAAAUGUAUGUGUUUAUAUUCUACUAUGGUACGAUCCAACACACACACCCAUGUUGGGGAAAAUGUUACUACCUGCGCUACCCAAAAUGUAUUUACCAUCAUUUAGGCAUGUGUGAUACCAGAAAUUCUCUCGAUUUCAUAUUUUGAUAUCUACUUUAUUUAUUUUUCUCGAAUAACUAGGGAUGUUUUCACCUCUUCUCUCUCAGUAUUGUUCUCUUGUUUUUGUUGGUGUUUUUGUACUUCAAACAUUUUGCACAGUGUGUUUGUUUGGCAUGUGUGUGUACAUGUGUGUGUGUGUGAGAGAGAGAGGGGGAGACACAGACAGAUUUAAAGGUGCUGUCUGUCAGUGGUUCUGUUCCCAAUUACACCCUUUCCUCUUUAUAGAGCACUACUUUUGAACAGUGGUCAUAGGGCUCUGGUGAAAAGUAGUGCACCACAUAGGGAAUAGGGUGCCAUUUGGGAUGCACACGGUGUCUCUUUAAACUAAUAAUGAGGUCAUAGAAAAACAAACACAGUCAAAAGAAGGUUAUUUUUCAAACUUCCUCUCCAUGACAUAAGCUGCAUGACGAUACAUCCAAGACUACAGUUAACACUAGUGUACUGUGUUAGAAUGGGUACUGCUGAGGCCUCAGUCCUCGCUGCUGUAGUUGGCACCAAGUGACAGUAGCCUGAUCCCAGAUCUGUUUGUGCUGUCGCAUGACAAUGACCCUUGGAGUUGACAAGACAGCACAAACAGAUCUAGGAUCAGGCCAGAGUGAAUGUCAUUCUACUGACUUUGGGGAACCUUGAUUGUGAUAAGUGCAAUGUGUCAUGAUAGAUUGUCCUUUUUAUGGACUGACUCCUUUUAUUUAAGUUUCCCACCAAUAUCCAAUCAGAGUUGUGUUCAGAGCCGGUACUGAGGUAAUAGCCAGGGGAUGACUUGUGAUUCUGUGUGGGUGAGGUGAACUGAUCGGAAAGUGUUUACUGAUAAUAAGCCUUUACUUCUGAAUUUAUUCCUGGCACUUAUGAGGAUGUGGUGGAGUCAAACUACUUUGAUUGUACUAUCUGAGAAGAUACAGUUGCAGAAAGAGGGGUGACUUGAGCUCAGAUAUGACGGGG